AUGUUCUGUUUGAGUCCAGCUGAAGACCUAGAGCCCAUAACAGUUCCACCCACAAGUCCGACUGGAAGCCCGGAGCCCAUGACAAUGACUCAAGCAGACCUGUUUCAUGAAUCUGUGCUGGGAAGGCCCAAAGGUCAGUGGUGGAUGCUAGAAACUGUACCAGCAGGAAGAAGGAUUUAUGUCAGUAGCCUGAGGGAUCCGCACUGGAGCCAGGAAGGUAAGGCAUUAGGAUUUUUGUCCUCUUAUGGAAUAGGAAUGGAAUAUGAUCAAGCCAAGGCACUGAUAUAUUACACCUUUGGAAGUGCUGGAGGGAGUAUGAUGUCACAGAUGAUUUUGGGGUACAGAUAUUUGUCAGGAAUCAACGUUCUACAAGAUUGUGAAACUGCCCUAACUCACUACAAGAAAGUGGCAGAUUAUAUUGCUGACAAACUGGAAAAAAAUGAAGGCAUUCCAGUGGAAAAAGUGAGGCUAACUGAGAGACUGGAAAAUUUGAGUUCUAACAGUGAGAUUUUGGAUUGGGACAUAUACCAAUACUAUAAAUUUUUGGCAGAAAGAGGAGAUGUUCAGAUACAAGUAUCCCUUGGACAGUUACAUCUGAUUGGGAGGAAAGGUCUAGAUCAGGAUUACAAUAUGUAUUUAGAGGGGAAUGCUGCUGCACCACAAAAUAAUGCUACUGCCUUCAAAUACUUUUCCAUGGCAGCUAAUAAGAAUUAUGCUGAAUCACUGAAGUACUUUCAGAAAGCUGCAGAGAAAGGAUGGCCCAAUGCACAGUUCCAUCUCGGCUUCAUGUACUACUCUGGCUCUGGAGUUUGGAAGGAUUAUAAACUUGCCUUCAAAUAUUUUUACUUGGCAUCUCAGAGUGGGCAGCCCCUUGCAAUUUAUUAUCUGGCCGAGAUGUAUGCAACAGGAACGGGGGUGUUAAGAUCAUGCACAACUGCUGUAGAGCUUUAUAAAGGGGUCUGUGAACUAGGCCACUGGGCUGAGAGAUUCCUGACAGCUUACUUUGCCUAUAAGGAUUGUGAUAUAGAUUCAUCUCUCAUUCAGUAUGCACUGCUUGCAGAAAUGGGGUAUGAAGUAGCUCAAAGCAAUUCAGCAUUCAUUUUGGAAUCUAAAAAGGCUAACAUUCUUGAAAAAGAGAAGAUGCAUCCAAUGGCACUACUCUUAUGGAAUCGAGCAGCUGUUCAAGGCAACGCAUUUGCGAGAGUGAAAAUUGGAGAUUACCAUUAUUAUGGCUACGGGACUAAGAAAGACUAUCAAACAGCAGCCACACACUGCAUUGCAGCUGACAAAUAUCACAAUGCGCAAGCCAUGUUCAAUCUAGCCUACAUGUAUGAACAUGGCUUAGGUAUUGCAAAGGUAACUGCAUUGGUCCACAUCUAG